AGGGGAAUCCUCUGUUGUGGUAACGCCUCGCCGCGCCUCCAGCAGCAGUCGUGGCCGCUUCGUGGAGGGGACCCAGCGCCGGUUCCUGCGAGCAGAACGGUCACCACCGCGUCCAUAUCAGGUCAUCGCUGCCGUCCUCGCCGCUGCCACGUGCAAAGUGUGGAGCUCCCCCGGGGAGGAUGAAUUCCAUGGCCGACCUGUCCCACCUUCUGCCACCGGCCUCGCUGAGCGACCUGGCGCGUGCGUGGCUGCGGGAGGACUCGCCUGCCUUCGACUACGGAGGGCUGGUGGUGGGCGAGCGCGACGAGCGCGCCGUGCUGCUGUGCAAGACGCCCGGCGUGUUGGCUGGGGCACCAUUCUUCCAGGCCGUGUUUCAUGAGCUGGGCUGCAACGUCGAGUGGUUCUACCACGACGGGGACAUGCUGCUACGGCAUGCCGGCGAGGCACCGUGUCGCGUUGCGGUGGUCACCGGCAAGGCGCGGCACCUCCUCCUGGCAGAGCGACCCGCACUCAACUGUCUGGCCCGUGCCAGCGGAGUGGCCACGGCGGCGCGGAGGGCCUGCGAGACGGCACGAGCGGCGGGCUGGGCCGGCCAGGUUGCGGGAACGCGCAAGACGACGCCGGGAUUCCGCUUGGUGGAGAAACACGCGCUGCUGGUGGGCGGUGCUGCCACUCACCGAUAUGACCUCUCCUCCAUGAUCAUGCUCAAGGACAACCAUGUGUGGUCGUCUGGCGGGAUAACACAGGCCGUGCGUGAUGCGAAGCGCGUUGGUGGAUUCAGCCUGAAGGUGGAGGUUGAGUGUCGCACACUGGAGGAGGGGCGGGAGGCAGCCCGGGCGGGGGCGGAUGUCAUCAUGCUGGAUAACGUUGCUCCACCCAUGCUGCACACGCACGCGCAGACACUGAAGAGCGAGUUUCCAGGGGUGGUGGUGGAGGCGAGUGGGGGCGUAACGGAUGAGAACCUGCUGCGCUACCUCGGACCCAGCGUGGACAUCGUGUCGCUGGGUUCCCUCACGCAGGGCUACCCAGUGGUCGACUUUUCGCUGAAGGUAUCCCGAGAGACGGGUGUCCUGGGUGAAAAUGCCGUGCGGGGGGCAGCUACAUACUCUGCUGGCAAUGGGGGGUCACCAUCACCACCCUCCUCCAGCGCAACCACACCCUCCGCUAGGCGCAACUAUGCCUUCUAGCCGGACGAAUGUGGGGGCUAUUAGUGGGAAAACCACAGCGAUAUCCAUGAGGCAUUAAGACCCCACCCCCGAUUCACAUACCACAUGCUGUGUAGUUUGAUUUUCAGUAAAAGUGCAAUCGUCUCAUAAACCCCAGUGACGAAGAGAUAUUGCGAUUUGACUUUUUACGUGAGAUAGGAAAUCUUUAGCACGAACCAGAAUAAAGUGUUUGUACUACUUAAAAAUUAGUUGUGGCCAAACCUGCCUUCAUACGUUCAAUGCAAUGGAGCGACAUAUCAGAGUUAGUGACUGAUCACGGCCAGAAUUAAUUUGGCUUGAAGUACGUGGCAAAGUAACUCUGCGUUACACAGUGCUGCAUCGGAGCCGAAUUCAGUAAUAACACAGCGAGUUAAAAAUGUUUUCUUAAUCUGUGAUGCAUGCUUGCUUUCCGUCUUUAUUUUAUAAUGUAAUGAUUUUUAAAAUUUCCAUAUCAUUGAUUUUCUAUACCUUUCAGUCACUUUAAUGUUUGUGUUUCUCAGAUCGCAAAGGUACAGGGAACAGUAUUAAUGAGCUACCUCUUAAGUAAUGGGGAUGAGGUUUCAUCUCGUCCUAUAUGUGCCUUACCUUGCUCUGGCUUAAGCAUCUACAUUUCAUAAUUGAUACGGUUUACCUUUGAAAAUGCAAAGCUGGACAAUCACACACGAUAUAUUUUCCUUUAUAUAUAAAUUUGCUCAAUGCCAUUAUUCGUAAGAAAUAUACACUAAAAAGCAAAACCUUUAAGUGCCUGUGAUUUUGAAUGUUUUAAUAAAAUUAGAUUUUGAUUA